UUCGCGCGAAAACAGCUAGAUCGUGACAGUCGUUUGUUUGAAAUUUUCGUAACCGUAUCGGGAAUCGAUCGUCGGGUCAAAAGUAUCGUAUGGUUUCCCUUUGAUAACGAGAUUUCCUGGCCACGGUAUCAUGGCAAGAGUAGUGUUAUCGGUAUUGUGCUGGCUCGUGUUGUUAAUCAACGUAAGCGAAAGUGCGGAUGCGGAAUGCACUUUUUCCCAGGAAUUGGCCGUCGGCACGUCGUAUUACAUUUACAAUCCCAGAUAUCCGUACAAGUACCGAGGAGGAAAUUCAUGCUCGUGGACCAUGAAGAGCGACUAUCGUAUUAAAAUGAAUUGUACCACGUUCGAAUUACCGAGGAGCAACAACUGUAAUCAAGAUAAAUUGAGCGUUCAAGUUAAUUCGACCAGCUCGUAUCAAUUUUGCGGCAAUAGGGCGUUCAAUAUAUCAUCCGAUGGGCCCACGAUGGUGGUGACGUUUAAAUCGCCUCUGUGGUCGACAGGUGGUCGAUUCCUCUGCGAAGUAGAAGCGGUUAAGAGACCGGAAGAUUUGAUUUCUGAAAAUUGUCGAUGUGGAUGGAAGAAUCCCACUAGAAUCGUCGGUGGAGUCAACGCAGGAGUAAACGAAUUCCCGAUGAUGGCUGGUUUAGUUGAUUCUGUAAAUCGGAUCGUAUUUUGUGGAUGUACGAUAAUAUCAAACAGAUACGUGGUCACUGCGGCACAUUGUGUCGAUACAAGAGAUUACCGUGAACUAGGUAUUCUGGUGGGCGAUCAUGAUCUGAGUACAGGCGCAGACACAAAUGCCACGGUGCUGCAUCGAGUGAUUCGUUCUAUCGUGCAUCCUAAUUACAGUGUCGGAAAUAAUUUGAACGAUAUAGCUAUUUUGAAAACGGAAAGAGAGAUAGUUUUCAAUAAUCAGGUGGGACCUGCUUGUCUACCAUUUCAACACUCGCCAGACACAUUCGGAGGGAAUUAUGUUGAUGUAUUGGGUUGGGGAUCAACCAGUUUCGGUGGUAGCACUUCAGACAUCCUGCAAAAAGUUACCCUUAGUGUAUUGACGAAUCUACAGUGUUCCCAAAUUUACAGCAACAUCACCAGAGACCUAAUUUGCACUUAUGGCGAGGAUAAAGACUCGUGUCAGUUCGACAGCGGUGGACCAGUUCUAUGGCAAAACCCCACCAGUAGGCGACUGAUACUUACAGGAAUCAUCAGUCAAGGCACCAAUUGCGGUAUUUCUGCUGGUAUAAAUACGAGAGUUGGUGCUUAUAUAGACUGGAUUGUUUCUCAAACUUCAGAUUCCUCGUACUGCAUCAUUGAAUAAAUCAACAUACCUCAUCGUCUUCCUCAUCUCUUCGUCUCGAUUCAACUUUCUGUCGAUAAGACGAGUGACUAUUUUCAUUAUCUUUUCAUUGCAAAGGACGGAUAUAUACGUCCUCGUAUAAUCGACCAUUGAUUGCGAAGAACGUACGUAAGAGUACGGUUAUCGAUCGCAAUUCGAUAUUAGUAAUAUCAGCCAUAAAUUUUUUCCUGGAAACACGAACACCUGUUGUAAAUAGAUUACAAGUGGCGUGGAUAAAAUUUACCGCGUAAUUUAUUCAGUUUUCAGAUUACAAAUAUUAUUUAUUUAUCGCACGAAAUUUAACUGAUACGUGUAACGCAUUAUUACCAAAUGUAAAUAUAACUACUGAACUGUG